CUCUGGUUAAAUGCAGGUAUUUAGAAAAAAAAAAAAAAAAUCUCUUUAGUUUCUAAACUAAAGUCUAUUUCUAAGUGUGCUGUUUCAGGGUCUGCUCUCAGAAAUCAAGAUUUACUUCCCAGUGUCUUUUGAAGAGGAGAGGUGGCGACUAUAAGGAAGACCAAUCAGUUAUCUGAAGUCUUUGGAGGUCGGCUAUCACAUUCUUAAGAGUAACCAGGAUACCUGAACUUAUCCUUGACCCUGGAAUCUAAACCCAUCCCAUGCAUUUCACUGUUCCAUCCUAGACCUUGUUAAGAGGGUAGUUUGAUUUUACUGUCAUAAAUUGGCCCAUCUUACUUUCGACAAUUUUGUAAAACUUUUCUCUUUUCUUUAAGAAAGGCUAACGUCCAGCUUUACAAAUAUACUUACAGGAAUAUAGGCCACUGGGUGUAAUGUAAACAUCUUAUUUAUAUUUCUCAAUUCAUUUUUCAGCCGAUGGUGUUUUACUUUUAGUCCUAAACUCCACUUCACACGCCCCACAUACGUUUAUAUUAUACGCAUACGCUUGAUUUUUAAAACUUCUGGGUUUUAGAGAUGUGAAUUUCAUGCCCUUCAGCCAGCCAAAACUGACCUUGAACUUCUGAGGCCCCUGCAAGUGCUGGGAUUACAGGAUUGCAGGUGUGCACACCCUGAGUGAAAUGCAGUCGGAUUUCUGUACUCAGAAAAGCAAAAGAAAACCUGGUGUAUAAUAAUCUUAAUUACAGCAUUUUAAAAUCAUAAUGGGACCAUCAAAUCAAAUUGUAUGAAAAUUGCAAAAAUCUAAUUUAAAAAAUCGGAAUGGAAUACAGUUUGUUUUUCCUACCAAAAUUUUUCAUAGGACCGUAAAUAGACAUUAUGAAUAAAUUGUCAGGGCCUUCGUUUUCUUUUUCUUUUCUACUUCAAAUUGGUACAAAAUUCAUGGAACGUGCAAAUUAAGUAGCAUCGAAGUACUUUUUCCUUGUUUUUUUUUAAAACUUUUACUCCCCAAAUCUAGGGAGUGCGUUUCGCCCUCUGUUUUUUCUUUGAUUAACUCAGUACAAUGGUCUAAUUGAAAGGGCUGCUUUCAAUUACAGAGGUCCAAAUUGGCAGGCACAAAACGAGGUCAGCAACCAGGGAAGCAGCACCCGCCGCGCGGCGCCCAGGCCGUACGUCCCCACCGGGGCGGGACCGUCCAGGGUCCCUGCGGCAAAGGGCCCGCACCUUCGACAGACCCUCCCGGGGACAACGAGGACCUGCCUCUCGCUUCCCUCCGACGUGGAAACUAAAGCAAUUCCAGCCAGGCGACCGUGCAUACCCACCUGCAAGAGUCCCGCGCCGCCCGAGAGCGCGCGCCCUGACCCGGAAGUGCUCGGCGGGCGCGGCGGCCCCGUUCGGGGCGCGCCCGAGCCUCCGCGCGCUCCCGGGAACUCCCGCCGGCAGCUGGCUUCUCCCGGAGGCGCGCCUGAGCGCGGCCGGCGCCAACAUGGCCGAGUCGAGCGAGGAGGUGGCGGUGCUGGUGCAGAGGGUGGUGAAGGACAUCACCAACGCCUUCCGCAGGAACCCGCACAUAGAUGAAAUUGGCCUGAUCCCAUGUCCUGAAGCAAGGUAUAACCGGAGUCCCAUUGUCCUGGUUGAAAACAAACUUGGUGUGGAAAGCUGGUGUGUCAAGUUCCUUUUACCGUAUGUCCACAACAAGCUUCUUUUGUACAGAACAAGAAAGCAAAGGCUGAACAAAGAUGAAUUGAUAGAUGUCACGUGCACCCUGCUUCUUCUCAACCCAGACUUUACCACUGCAUGGAACGUGAGGAAAGAACUGAUCCUCUCUGGCACUUUAAAUCCAGUUAAGGACUUACAUCUGGGAAAGCUGGCCUUAACUAAGUUUCCAAAGAGUCCAGAGACAUGGAUUCACAGACGAUGGGUGCUACAGCAGCUAAUUCAGGAAGCUUCCUUGUCUUCCUUUGUGACCAAAGGAAACUUAGGAAUAGUUCCUGCAGAGAGGACACAACGAAUAAUACAAGAGGAGAUGGAAGUCUGUGGUGAAGCAGCAGGGAGAUAUCCAAGCAACUAUAAUGCCUGGUCCCAUCGAAUCUGGGUUCUACAGCACCUGGCCAAGCUAGAUAUCAAGAUUCUUCUUGAUGAACUAUCUUCUACUAAACAGUGGGCAUCCAUGCACAUUUCAGACCACAGCGGAUUUCACUACCGCCAGUUUUUGUUAAAAUCUUUGAUCAGCCAAACUGCAGUGGACAGUUCUGUAUUGGAGCAAAACUCUUUGAGAAGUAAGCCAAAAGAUGAAGAGGCAACAGAUUCAGUAGAGGAACCGAGGGUAAAUCUCACCCAUCUUCUGGAAAAAGAAGUGGAAUUCUGCACAGAUCUUAUUGAUUCCUAUCCAGGCCAUGAAACCCUUUGGUGUCAUAGGCGACAUGUUUUCUACCUUCAACAUCGCUUAAGUGGUAGGUUUCCUCACAGCUUGACUCACCUGUCACCUGCAGACUGCCCUGGGGGGACUUUGAAUGACUUGCACCUCAUUCCAACAAGCCCCCAAGAAUCUCAGGCAAUGGAAGUGGAUGGACUAAAUGAAUCUAGCAAGCAAGGCUAUUCCCAGGAAACCAAGCGCCUGAAGCGGACCCCAGCUUCAGACUCCCUAGGCCUAGAGAUGGAACACAGGUUCAUUGAUCAAGUAUUAUCUACUUGUCGGAAUGCAGAGCAAGCCAGGUAUGCCAAUGCAUACAGGAGAUGGCUGGUCACAUUGAGUCAAUGAAGAGGAGGUGGAUUCAACUUACCAAGUUCCCCUUGUAAUGCAAUAUUGCAUUCCUUUCUUAAUGACAUAGUUGCAUGAACUGUUUGUUAUUACUGGCCAACUUUGUAGUCUCCAUCUACAGGUUAAAAGUCUAUAAGAAAUCUUUCAUUUUAUUUAUUUUGUUAAGAACUGUCAUUCCUUUGGGGAUAAAAUAAUUGUGUAGUUCCUUCCUG